AAUGGCAGCAUCACUGUUUUUUCUUUCUCUCCAGAUUGCAGACUCAGCAGCCGAGAACGAGCCAAGCUGUGCUUUAAGGCUACGCGAUGCAAACCCCAUGAAGGAGCUGAUGAUGUGAAGGAAUUCACUUUCUCAGACCUGAAUCUGGGAAACGAACGGAUCGUCAGCUCCUCCACACCCUGUGGAGAUUUCUUCUUCCGCUGCCAUCAGAGCUCAGAGUUCCACCAACCAGCCAGGAGCUCCUCCAGCAGCAGAGGCCAGGCCCCUCCCCCCUCUGACAUCACAAGCAUCGCCAAGAAGUGCAAUGAGCUGGACCUUCAUUUGAUCGUCAUCUGGAAGGCGUAUGUGGUGGAGGACAACAAGCAGCGGAUGGUGGAAGGCCAGCUCCAUGUGGCUCUGCAGGCCGUGGGCCAAGAGGCCAGUUCUCUGCUCCCCAGAGAGGAAGCUCAGGAGAUGAUGCUCCUCAGGUUUAGGUCAGAGUCGCCUCCUCCAGCCCUCCUGCCUCAUCCACAACUUUCCCAGCUCAUCAGGACCAACCUCGGCUACCCUGAAACCUUCUCCCAUCACUUCCUCAGAGACAGGUGAGAGAUUGCUGCCGUGGGUGGGAGACUGCUGCCGUGGGUGAGAUUGCUGCCGUGGGUGAGA